AUGUUGACCAAGCUUAGUUUCGUUGCCGCAGUUGCCUUGAGCAGUCUCUUUUCGGGGGUUUCUGCCCUCUCUUCCGGUGCCAUUGGCUGCAAUGGAGAUGAACCAGCCGUGGGAGGCACACACACUGACGCCGCCGUGAGACCUCUCCAAAAGACUGGAGACUUUGCUUCCGGAAGCUUGACGUUUGCCAUUAAUGGAGUUCCAUUGGACCCCGACGUGCCCUUUGAUGCUCCCAUUGGAAUGGCCCACACAUGGACCCUUACCGUCGAUCUAGAUGGUCUGCAAUCCCGUCCAUUCCGUGGUUUCUUGGUGCGCGUUGGUGGCGGUGAUGGCAAUGUAGGUGCGGAUGAUGCCUUGGAAAUCCUGGAUGAGAGUGGCGCCGAUGUCCAAGAAGCUCUCGUUUGUGCUGCCCAGCCAGGCGUUGGUGGCCUCACUCAUACUUCCAAUGACGAAAAGACAUGCGUCAUGGGUGCUCUUGUUUUGGAAGAACUCAAUACAAACAUUCCGGUCGAUGUUACUGUCGUGAUUGAAAACAGGGAAGAAAAAUCCGCUUACUUUUACAAUCAGUUCAAGAUCAAUGCCGUGGACACAGCGCCAGUGGGACAGGUGAGCCGAACAAACUUGAUGAGCUGCGGCGGCCCCCCACCACCCGCAGCCACCAUGACUGAUACUGUCUGGGAGACCUAUUGGGAAACCUCCGUAGAAACCAUGGUCAUGACCUAA